CAGUUUACCGAGGUCCGUAGACGAAAUAGCCUCGUUUUGGCACACAACGAGCAAAGCGACAAUUAUCCACGUUAUAAUUAUCGAUUUAACGUUAAAUUUAUGUUCUUUCAACAUUUCGUUUAAUCUGUGCAAAUUACGCGGGGUUUUUGCAAUUCUAGUUUCAUAUUAUUUUUUUAAAUCAAAUUAUUUAAAUUUUUAAUAACAAUAUAGACUCAAAUAUGUAAUUUUUAAAAACAAUAUUAUUUAUUUAAAAGAUUAUGUGAAUUAAAUGAAACAAUGAAUCAAGAAACGCGCAGUGAUUCACCAAGUGAAAAACGUCAAGAUUCCAAAACGUCUUUUUUAAUUGAGGAUAUUUUGUACCGCGGUCAUAGACAACCGUUCAAACAACCAGAACCAAGAAGGUUUGAUGUUGAACCUAAAUAUUUUCCAUCGCCCGCUGAAGUGAGGCCUCAUGUGCCAAGAGACGGUUAUUUGCAAGUGGCCAUGGGAGCCUUAGGGGCAUAUUUACACACGCCCAACACUUACAAGGCUGUGGAGACACCGUAUUUUUUGUCACAAGGUGUACCCUACCACGCCUUGUUUACUCCGUCGGAGCUGUCAUUGUCAGCAUUGAAGCACUGCCGCCGAAGGAAAGCAAGGACUGUGUUUUCCGAUCCACAGUUAACAGGCUUGGAAAAACGUUUUGAGUCCCAACGCUACCUGUCGACACCAGAAAGAGUGGAAUUAGCUAGUGCCCUCAACCUUUCUGAGACGCAAGUAAAGACCUGGUUUCAGAAUCGAAGGAUGAAGCAUAAGAAACAGAUGAGGAAAUUGCAACAAAAAGGUACUACUGCGGUGGACUUCACGACUAAACACACAAUGAAAUGUUCUCAGGAUGAUUCCCGAAUAUCAACAACUCACACUUCAGACUCCGAAUCGGAACACAGUGACAGCGAUAUUGAUAUCGUCGGUGAAUCGAAUUACGCACAUCACUACUCUAAUACGUAAAGUUGUUGGACGUUGAAAAAAUUACUAUUUUAUUGAAUUAAAGUGAAUUUGAACUAGAAGAAAGGGUGCCUUACAUAUUAAACCUUUAAUAUUUGCCUCUGUCGCUACUGUCUCUAAAUACGCGUUGAACAUCGUAAACAUUAAAAUUAAACACAAACAUAUUCUUUUUUACCUAGCCUAUCUUUUUAGUAGAUAGACACCAACAUUUUACAAUGUACCCCAUAGAGUUCGCUUUUCCGGAAUGUUAGCUGGUUUUUAAUUUAUUCCGUUAAAUUUUUCCCUCAUAACUUUUCACAGAUUUCAAGGAAUAUUUAAAAAAAUAUAUUGGAAUUGGUCCAGCCGUCUUCGAGCUUUGCACUUAGCAUAAUUUGUGAUUCAUUUUUAUGUGUUAACGAUUCUUCUAGUUCAACGUUUAGUUGCAAUAAAACAGUAUUUUAAAAUAUUAGGGUCAAUUGAACUGUACUUACAAAUAAAGUUCGUAAUUAAUUUAUAAUAAACUAAAGAAAUUGCAUCAAACAUAGAAUAAAUUAAUGAGAAUGGAAGUAACGAAGAUACUGCAGGUGUGGCACUACUACUUACAAUAAAAACCAUAAUUGUGUGAAAUGUUUAGUUGGUUGAUGGGUCACAAAGCCGACAUGAUAGCGAAGUUCUCACACAAAAUUCGAUAUUUCUAUUCCGUUGGAUAAAUAAUUUUUAUGUGAAUAUGAAUAUUUUUAAACGAUAUCUUCAUUAAGUUACACUCACCCAGCUGGCUCUGCAGCCCAAAAUGUCUUCCGCCAAUUGCUGGUUUUAAGCUGUAGGCCCAAGUUAUUAUGACAACACUAUAUUUUUAUUUGAAUAUUAAUUCGUCAGAGUAAAGUAGAAUAUAGAUUUUUCUUUGACGGUCAUUAUAAUUCCGGUCAAACUUAGACCUUUGUGAACGUUGUCCCUGUUAUUUGGUGAUUCUUUUACAAUACAUUUUAUAGUUUUAUA